AUUUAGAACUCAAUCAUUAAAUUGAAAUGUUCUCCACAUUUUACUAGCUACGGAAUUCUAAAAAGAAACUUCAUCGUCAAACAACGUCGACAAAUAGUAAUACCAAAGUAAAUUUAUAAGGAAACGUGGUGGUUUUAUACUGGUGGAAAUCCUGGACUCUCUUAAAAAUUUAUGCAAUGAAUAUAAUCUCUUUUCUAGACGAAUGCCACGUGGUAUCUGUCCCUACGAAAGCAAAAGCUAGAAGUAGAGCGGUUAAUUAAAGCCAGUAUUCUCCUUCGACUUGCUCGUUUUCUUCUGGCUUCCCACACACUGGAAACGAAACCCCUCCUUUUUUUUUUUUCUUAAUUUUAAUUUUUUUUCUUAUUUUUCCCUCAGCCCAUUAAAUUCCAAGAAAGCAAUGGAAACCAAAGCCCCGAAGAAAAAAACUCAAAAUCUCAACGACAUCAUGAAACGAUCCUCUUCUUCAAACUCCGACUCAGUCACUCACCUCGACUCUCCCCACUCACCUCUCCGAUUCCACUCCCCUCUCCCAUCGGACCAGGGCGACCCCGACAAUACCUCCCCUCUCUAUGCUUCUCCGGAAGCCUCCCCCGAUAAAACCGCCGUCGACCACUCCACCGCACUCGUCGCCGUUGACAAGUCCACCCAGUUCAACGCCAAUUCUUCUCCUUUUCCUUCGCCGCCGUCUCCGCCGACUACUCCACCGCAACAAUUGCAUUUGACAGUGAACCGAGCGAUGAGGGAGGAAGGACCGGGGGUGAUGACGAGGACGAAGGUAAGUGGUGGAGGAGGAGGACCAAGGGCGGUGCUGAGGAGAUCGAAGGUGAAACAGACGGUGCAGAUGGCGGCUCUAGGGUUUCGAUUAAGCGAAAUCGUUUUGUGCUUGAUAUCUUUCUCUGUUAUGGCUGCUGAUAAAACUCAAGGCUGGAGUGGUGACUCUUACGAUCGCUAUAAAGAAUACAGAUAUUGUUUAUCAGUCAAUGUGAUUGGAUUUGUAUAUGCGGGGUUUCAAGCCUAUGAUCUAGCUUACUAUCUCAUCACAGAAAAACAUGUCAUCCACCAUUACCUUCGUCAGCCUUUUGAUUUCUUCAUGGAUCAGAUACUAGCCUAUCUUUUGAUUUCAGCAUCAUCUGCAGCAGCAACCCGAGUUGAUGAUUGGCAAUCUAAUUGGGGAAAAGAUGAGUUCACUGAGAUGGCUAGUGCCUCAGUUGCAAUGGCCUUCCUGGCUUUUGUUGCCUUUGCAUUUAGCUCGCUUAUAUCUGGUUACGAACUCUGUACCCACGAAUCUGCAUGAUAUCUCAGAGGCAGUUAUAUCUGGCAGUAAAAUUGCAAUACAAUUGGAUUAAAACAACUGCAAUUUAGUUUUUAUUAUUGUACAGGGAAUAACAUAUUAUAGCAUGUUUUUCAUACGAUUUUUUUCCCUUCAAAA